AUGGGAAAUGAAUUGAGUGUUCCACAAAAAAAUGAAGAGGAGAUGAAUGAAUCAUCAACAGACCCUUCACAGAUUCCUCCUGAAUCUGGAUGUGUUCAAAAUGGGCUGCCUGCUGUAGAGUCAGCUCUCCUUGUUCAACAGAAGAGUGAUGCCAAUACAGAGACAAGUGUUAACCAGGGUAAUGUGGCCACUUCUUCCCAUACAACAAUGGAGAUAAGCACUGUUUCUGAGGCCAACGGAAAGAAUCUUGGGAAGGAGGCCAAAGCCCCAACACCAGCUGCUAAAUCUCGUUUUUUCUUGACACUCUCGCGGCCUGUACCAGGACGUACCAGAGACCAAGGCACAGAUUCAUCAGUUGGAUCAGUGAGCCUGGAUGUCAGCUCUGCAAACCCCCCAGCGAACAAAGCAUCAAGUGAGAACGUGAAACUUCCGGCAACAGCUGCACUGGAAGAAGAUUCAGAUAAAACCCAAAACCAGGUCCCAGCUGAAGCAUCCCUUAGCACUACUGAACAACCAGCAUCGCCUCCACCUGAGGCAGAGGGUGCAGCCCCUGCCAAACCCAAGGAACCCAGCUUUUUUGACAAAUUCUUCAAGCUGGACAAGAAAAAAGAAAAUAUACCUGUUCCCAUUGGAAUCCAAGAGGGAACCGAGAAUAUAGAGAACCAACACCUGGACAGAGAGACUCCUGGAAUAUCAAGCCAGUCGAACAAUGUCCCAGAGGAGAAGGACAUAGUAGACAGCAAGGAAAAGAGUGAACAGGAAAACCUAGUGGGUGUCAAUUCCUCAGUCCCUGAAGAUACAGAGAAACCUGAAAUUGUGCAGGAGAACCCCCAGACUGGAAAUAUAUCAGAGAACAAUAAUUCCGUCAUGAGUUUCUUUAAAACACUGGUUUCAUCUAACAAAGCUGAAACUAAAACUGAUUCAGAAGACAAGGGAUCGAAAGCUGAGAAGGUCCAUGAUGGACCAUCUGGUCAGAAGACAACGGGAGAAGUCCAGGCCAAAGGAGCCAAGAAAAAGAAUCCAGAGAGUCCCAGUCUAGGCUAUGCCUUUAGAAAAUUCUUUAGGCAUAAGUCUUCAAAAGAAACUCAAUCAACAUCAAAUACCAAAGGUGCUGAAAAGUCACCUGAUUCUUCAGCUAAUAUAAAAUCAGACAAAGCUGCCUGUUCAUCACCUGAGGCCCAGGGGACACAGAAGAAUACUAAAGGCUUGGACUCUUCAGCUCAGCAACAGACGACAGCAUCCUCUGAAUCAGCAAAGAAUGGAACAAAGGAGAAAUCCCCCACUUCUCUUCCUCUGGGCAAGCUCUUUUGGAAAAAGUCAAUUAAAGAGGAUACAGUUCCCAAAGGUGCAGAGGAAAAUCAAAACCAAACCCAAACCCAGGAAGCAUGUGAAGCACCAGUAGAGGCUAUAAAGUCCGAGGAUAUAGAAGCAUCCUUACAAACAAUAGAGCUGAAUGAAGAAGAAGCUGUAAGUCCUGAGCCUGCCCCAGCCAAGCCCAACACAGAAGAAAACAAACCACGGAAAACAAACCUGAGGCUGUUUCUCAAACAACUGUCAAUAAGAGGUGCUGGAGACUUCACCAGUUCAGAAGAAGUCAAUGGGAAAGACUCUGAUGGUCAAACCUCAGACUCCACAGAAAAGGCUGUCACGCCCCCUGAAACCGAACCAGCAGGGCCUGGGCAGAAGAACAAGGAAGCUUCAAAGGACAAGAAGCCCACGGCUGAUCUGAAUAAGCAGAAAGGAAACAAAAAGGAUGCCACCGAACAAGUGAACUCCCCUGAUCGCCGAGGAGCCGAGAAGAAUUCCAUGCAGAAUGGAGGGGACUCCAAGGAAAGCCCUCUGAAGAGGCCAGAGAAGCGACAGUCUUUGGGAGGCUUCUUUAAAGGCCUUGGACCAAAACGGAUGUCUGACGCAGAAGUGCAAACAGAUCCUGUGUCUAUCGGGCCAAUUGGGAAAUCUAAGUAAUAAAUACCAACAGAGCUAUUGAAGAAUCCCUGCUCACAACAUGUUCUCCCACAGUCACGCUGACUUUUUCCUACCCCACAUCCCUCUUCCUCUUUUCCACCACUGCUGUCAUCAAUUGAGACCCCUGCCUAUAGAUAAAAGCAACAGCUGGUGUACAUUGAGGUGUAUUAUUUACAUAUCUGGUCCAUUAUAUGCCAAUCAAUAACUGUAAAGGUCAUCCUGAAGCAAAGUGUAUGUAGUAUUGUAACUAAAAAGAAGUCAGUAAUGUGGAGGGGUGGGAUGAGGGGCAAUUAUUCUAGAUAAGGUAUGAAGUUAUAAAAAUGGCAGCCAUUGCAAAAAAAAA